CCGCCGCCGUGACGUCACUUCUGGUCGUCAAGAUGCAUCUCUGUGCGGCGGCGAGCUGGCCACCACGAACAGUCACAACAUGUAACAUGAAGCCCGCAAUGGAAUGUUAAAGCCCGCCUCGUCACCUCCACGACCGACGCGUUCCCGCUCCACUACCCCGACGGGGGCAUCGAACGGCGGCGGUAGCGGCGCCCACCGCGAAGCUAGCGGAGCGUCUGGGGGCUCGAGCAGCCAUCUUUUAGACAGACAAAUGUUCGGGACGACGCGACUUCGGCGAUGGGCCUUCUCGCUGACCGGCCCCGCAGACCGGAGCUUGGCGGCUGGCCUCCUUGUAGUCCUCGUGGCGGCCGCGGGGAUUCCCGGACGCUCGGCGGCGGCGAAGGAGAAGGAGUGCGACAAGCCUUGUGUGAACGGCGAGUGCAACGCGGCGACGGGCGGCUGCGUGUGCUCCCCCGGCUGGGUCGGGGACCAGUGCCAGCACUGCGGAGGAAGAUUCAGGUUGACGGCUCCUUUUGGCUUCCUGUCAGACGGACCUGGCAACUACAAAUACAAGACCAAGUGCACUUGGCUCAUUGAAGGACGUCCAAAUUCCAUUCUUCGCUUACGCUUUGAGCAUUUUGCCACCGAGUGCAGCUGGGACCACCUUUAUAUCUAUGACGGAGACUCCAUCUACGCCCCCCUGCUUGCCGCCUUUAGCGGUCUGAUCAUUCCCGAGACUUCCAGCAACGAAACGGUUCCUGAGGUGGCCUCACAGUCUGGCUUCGCCUUGCUGCACUUCUUUAGCGACGCCGCCUACAACCUGACCGGUUUCAACAUCUCAUACAGGGUGAACUCGUGUCCCAACGACUGUUCGGGUCGAGGCGAGUGCCGCCUGGCCAAUGCCACGGGGGCGCCGCGCUGCCGCUGCCGACACGGCUGGAAAGGCGACGCUUGCGACAUGCCCUACUGCCGUGAAGACUGUGGGUUCCCCGAGCGAGGACGGUGCCGGGACAAGAUGUGUGACUGCUUGCGCGGGUGGCAAGGUCCCGACUGCUCAGUGUCUGUCCCAGCGGACUCGGGUUUCUGGAGCCGGGAAGCCUUCCCCUCCGAGCCAGGCCUGGCCAGGGCCUCGCACAAGGCGGUGGUGGAGCGGGACGUCAUGUGGGUUAUCGGGGGAUACGUCUUCAAUGCCUCCGCCUAUCACAUGGUCAAAGCCUUUAAUUUAAGCAGCAAAUCGUGGCUGACGCUUGACCCGUCCGUUAACAUCGUCCCGCCUCGAUACGGACACUCGGUGGCGCUGUACGAGGGCAAAGUGUACAUGUAUGGUGGUAAGAUGGACUCCACGGGGAACGUGUCCAGCCAGCUGUGGGUGUUCCAUGUCCAGAACCAGACCUGGGCUCUCCUGAGCCCGCGCAUCAAGGAGCAGUACGCCGUGGUGGGACACUCGGCCCACGUCGUGCCCCCCCUGCAGGAGGGCGACAGUCCCGUCAUGCUGGUGCUCUUUGGACACUGUCCUCUUUACGGAUACAUGAGCCUGGUUCAGGAGUACAACAUUCAGCGCAACCAGUGGAGCUUGGUGCCCACUGACGGGGCCCUGAUCCAGGGCGGCUAUGGCCACAGCAGCGUGUUUGACGACGCCACCCGAGCCAUCUACACGCACGGAGGUUACAAGGCCUUCAGCGCUAGUAAGUGUGGCCUGGCCGGAGACCUCUACCGGCUGGACGUGGACACCAAGAAGUGGACCAUCCUGAAGGACAGCGGCUCCUUCCGCUAUCUCCACACGGCCGUGAUUGUGAGCGGGACCAUGUUGGUGUUUGGUGGAAACACGCACAACGACACCUCCAUGAGUCAUGGCGCCAAGUGCUUCUCGUCUGACUUUAUGGCCUACAGCCUGGCAUGCGACGAAUGGACCCCACUGCCCCGGCCUGAUCUUUUCCAUGACCUAAACCGCUUCGGUCAUACGGCGGUCGCCAGUGAUGGGGUGAUGUACGUGCUGGGCGGCUUCAACAGUCUCCUUCUGAGCGACGUUUUAGCGUACACGUCUCCGCGCUGCUCGGCCUUCUCCAGCGCCGCCUCGUGCGCUCGGGCCGCCGUGGGCCUGCACUGCUUGUGGAACAGCAGCCAGGCUUCCUGUCUGCCCUGGCAGGGCAGCGCAAACCCCGAGCAGCAGCAGACGCCCGCAUCCUGCAACAGCAGAUCCUAUGCCGACAACGAGCGCUGCGACCAGUACACGGACUGUUUCAGCUGCACGGCCAACACCAACGGGUGCCAAUGGUGCUCUGUGCAGUGCGUCUCCCUGGGAAGCAACUGCACCGCCGUCUCAGGCCCUGUGGUGGACUUUGACAGCUGCCCUAAAGACAACCCAUCCUAUGUCUGCAACAAGAAGACCAGCUGCAAAAGCUGUGCCGUGGACCAAAACUGCCAGUGGGAACCACGCAACCAGGAGUGCAUCUCGCUGCCAGAGAACGUGUGCGGCGAGAGCUGGCACCUGGUGGGCAACUCCUGCCUGAAGUUCCUGACGGCCAAGGACUCCUACGACAACGCCAAGCUGGCAUGUCGCACCCACAACGCCGUGUUGGCCUCCCUUACUACGCAGAAGAAGGUCGACUUUGUCCUCAAGGAGCUGCAGAUCAUGAGUGUGGUGUACAAGGCGAUGGUGACUCCCUGGGUGGGCCUGCGCAAGAUCAACGUGUCGUACUGGUGCUGGGAGGACAUGUCACCUUUCACCAACACGUCGCUGCAGUGGCUGCCCGGUGAGCCAAGUGACGCCGGGUUCUGUGGCUACCUGGCGGAGCCCGCCUCCAGUGGACUGAAGGCACAGACCUGCAUCAACCCCGUCAACGGAAGCCUCUGCGAGCGCCUGGCCAACCACAGCGCCAAGCAGUGCCGGACGCCGUGCGCCACGCGCGCCACCUGCAGCGAGUGCACAAGCGGUAGCUCGGAGUGCAUGUGGUGCAGCAACAUGAAGCAGUGCGUGGACUCCAACGCCUACGUGGCCUCCUUCCCCUUCGGCCAGUGCAUGGAGUGGUACACCAUGAGCACGUGUCCGCCGGAGAACUGUUCCGGGCACCGCACGUGUGGCCAAUGUCUGGAGCAGCCCAGCUGCGGCUGGUGCACAGAUGCCAGCAACACGGGCAAGGGCCAGUGCAUGGAGGGCUCGUACCGGGGACCCUUCCAGACCUCCGUGCCAGCGCCCUCCACUCUGCCGGGCCUGCCUGCCAACCCGCCGCCCGCCCUCAACGCCAGCAUGUGCCCCAGCGAGGCUCUCUAUAACUGGUCCUUUAUACACUGCCCAGCAUGUCAGUGCAACGGGCACAGCCGCUGCGUCAACGAGAGCGUGUGCGAGAAGUGCGAAGACCUGACCACCGGCCGCCACUGCGAGAGCUGCAUCUCGGGCUUCUACGGAGACCCCACCAACGGCGGAGGCUGCCAGCCGUGCAAGUGUAACGGCCACGCCAGCAUGUGUAACCCCAACAACGGCAAAUGUUUCUGUACCACCAAGGGCAUCAAAGGAGACCGCUGUCACCUGUGCGAGCUGGAAAACCGCUACCAAGGCAACCCUUUGAAAGGCACAUGUUAUUACACCCUGCUCAUCGACUACCAGUUCACCUUCAGCCUGUCUCAGGAGGACGACCGCUACUACACCGCCAUCAACUUUGUGGCCACACCGGAGGAGCCCAACCGAGAUUUAGACAUGUUUAUCAACGCGUCCAAGAACUUCAACUUGAACAUCACCUGGGCGACCAGCUUCACAGCAGGUACGCAGAGUGGCGAGGAGAUCCCCAUCGUGUCGCGCAGCAACAUCAAAGACUUCAAGGACAGGUUCUCCAACGAGAACUUUGACUUUCGCAACAGCCCCAACAUUACCUUCUUUGUCUACGUCAGCAACUUCACCUGGCCCAUCAAGAUACAUAUCGCCUUCUCGCAGCACAGCAACUUCAUGGACCUUGUUCAGUUCUUUGUCACCUUCUUCAGCUGCUUCCUGUCUCUGCUGCUGGUGGCCGCCGUGGUUUGGAAGAUCAAGCAGAGCUGCUGGGCGUCGCGGAGACGAGAGCAACUGCUGAGGGAGAUGCAGCAGAUGGCCAGCCGGCCUUUCGCCACCAUCAACGUGGCCUUGGAGAUGGAUGAGGAGCCGCCAGACCUGAUUGGAGGAAAUGUCAAGUGCGUCCCGAAGCCGAUCGCGUUGGAGCCGUGUUUCGGAAACAAAGCGGCCGUCCUCUCCAUCUUUGUUCGUCUACCACGAGGCAGCGGAGGAAUUCCGCCACCGGGACAAUCGGGUCUGGCGGUGGCGAGCGCACUGGUAGACGUUUCGCAGCAGAUGUGUUUGGGCUUCAAGGAGAAGUCGGGUGGCCUGAGAAGCCGUAAGCAGCAGCCCAGUGCUCAGCCUUCCACCUGCAUCUGACCUCGCAUGGUCCCGCCUCCUCCCUUCUUCAUAGACUUCUCACCUGGAAGAGGUGCAUGCUGGGACAUGGGAUUCCAAACCUUUUGUCCCCACUUUCAUGUUGCUAGAACAGAUGUUCAUCUCAUCCCGUCCAAGACCACUCGCUUUCCUCUUCUCGUUUUGUGACGGUGGACUUGGCAAAAAGACUCAACGGAGUAUCCCCGAGGAAUCCCGGGACCUCCUCGCAAGCUUCCUCAGAGUCCAUUUGGUUCCUAGCUGUAGACAUCUGGAGGACGGACGCUUUGCGACAGACGGACCACCGGAUCAGAGGUAACCGUUGCGAUUGCUCCAGCGCGGUUCGGCAUUUUUUGGGGAAUGUAGCAAUAUUAGCGUUGCUUGAUUCUAUUCGGGGUGGAGAAACAACAACUCACAUUUUAGCAUCUCAUGUGAUUCCAGUUCUUCUCCCAUGCAAAUUUUACACAUUGUUUGUUGGCUUAGGAAAUAAAUAGUGUGUGUGUGGAAAUAAGCUGAAUUAACUCGUUAGCAACUCACCAGUUAAUGUUGAGCGUUGUUUUUUUUAUAUAAUUAUUCUUUGGUACUUCAGGCAAAUUCCACUUCCUCAUUGUUGGUUUAAAGGAAGAAAAUAUAGAAAUUUGGCCAAUUUUGUUGCAAUUGCAGAUAUUUUGUGGGCAAAAGCAUCUCAACGCGACUCAGCUUCAAUACCAGCUUUGCUCGUUAGCUUUUGAACAACAUUUUUUCUAAUCGAGAAAAAACACUCGUAAAGACUUCCAAUGGGAUGUUGACAAAUCUUUUGUUUUGUUUGCACUUUUCAUUUUUUGCCACCGUUUUUAUAUGGCCGGAACUAGCUCACAAAAUGUCUGGAGGACCCCGUAAAUUGGGGAGUGUCCAUUUGGGGAAAUGUGGUUGCGUAAAACUGCUCUGCUGUAACGGCGAUUACACAUUGGAAAGCUGAACCGUUGCUCGGUUGUCAUUUCCAGUUUGACACACUAGGUUGCGCUUGAAAGCUGCCUGUCAAAGAAAUGUGAGUUUCGCACGGAAAAUUAGGAAGCGGAAUUGGGGAUAAUUGUGUUAACCUGUCGAAAUGCUGAAAUUGUUUGUGACUGUUUAACUUGCUUGUUGUUUAUUUUAAUAGUUAAAAAACACAGCACAUUUUUCCAUGUAAGCUGAGUAUUUUUUUUCAAAUAGGUUUUCACAUUUAAAACUUUUUUUUUUCUUCCCUGCUCACAUGUAAAACAAGAUUAUAGGUAAUGUCAGGUCCCCAGUUUCGCUCGCCAGCCAAAUCUUGAGCUUGGCAUUUUUUUUUUCCAUUGUUAAAUGCAAUUUUCUUUUUAAUACUCAAUUAUCUAAUUUAUUAGCGUGUUCCCAAGAUAAUUUUUUUCUUCCUCUUUAUCCACCAACAUCCUUAUCAUGGCACGCACAAACAUCGGGUGCAGGCUUGGAACAAAAAAAACAUGACUCCAAACAUGACGCUAUUCACUUUUCACCCUGAGAGAAAACAAGUCAAUAAAACAAACAAAUUCAUAACACUAAAAAUAACAGAUCUUGCCCUUGAGCAAAACGUUGGAUUACAAAUUUUGUGGCAAAGGUCAGAACACUUAAGUUUUUUAAUUAUCCGGACGUAUUUGUCUUGUUUUAGCUGGGUUUCCCAUCUGGAUUUUUUCCCAACCACUGGGAAUGCUUGAAAGUUUAAAAAAAAAACAUUUUUAAUCCAAGUGUUAUCGUCCUUGACAUUGUCCUUGAUAAGCGCAAUUCCAGUUAAAAAAUCAUCAAUACUGCAGUGCAAAAAUAUCAACGACAAAAUUGAACCCUGGUUUCUUCAAAUCUUUGUUUCACUGUUUUGUACUUGUUGCAAAAUUUGAUGCACGAUAUUUGUCCCUUUACGCAAGAAUAAUAGGAAUGGCUGAUUUUAUGCACAAGUGAAUUUUGUAGUCUGUGCUCGACUGAAUUAUUUUAAAUUAGCCAAGCCUCAUUUUUUUCUAAUAAAAUAUCAAAAUAAAUUUUGCGUCGCUUGCAUCAUAAGCCAUUUUUUACAUUUACAUCUGUUUUUUUUUUUAUGAAUUUACCUGCAGCUUUUCAUAUAAUAAUGCGUAGUGGUUCAAUUUUCAAAGCUCAACGUUGUGCGAGGAAAUGCAGACAUACUGUAGAAGUUAGCGAUUAGCUGUGAACUAAAAUGCUAACGUCCCAUCUUGGAAGCUUCUGUAUAGGCACAGACAUUUCAUUUUUGUCAUUUGUCAUCUAUGAUGACAAGAAAAAGCAACGUAGAAGGAGCAUAAUUCCAAGAUGUUUCCAAGGAAGAGACAAAAAAAACUUUUUUUUUGUUGUUGGUGGGGGGGUGGGCAAAUGUCCUUGUACAUAUAUACAAUAUUUAACAACUUGUGAUAAUUUUGAGAUUUUUAGUGAAAAACACUGGCUGUGUUCUCUGCGCUCUAUAUUCUAAAAUAGAAACACGUAUUUAAACGCUAACACAUUGGUUGAAGCAGCUGAACGUCUCCUCCAUUUGGUUGCGGCAUUACGAGUUUGUUCAUAUGUAUAAUGAUUGCCAAUAAGUCUUUUGUACAUAAUGGGAAAGUAUUGUGAAUGAUCUGUUGUUGAAUGCUUUUAAACACCAAGAGUAAUUUAUGCGCCUUUAAAAAAAGAAUAAUGUCAUGACUAGCGUUUAUUAAUUAGCAUCCUUUGUAUAUAAAGACGGCAAGUUAAGUUACGCUGCUAUGCUAAUGUUGUAAAAGUGAACUAGAGAGCUUGUAAUUUACUGAUUGUACAUAAGGAGGAGAAUGUUUUGGAAUGAUUAUAUGUGUGGAAAUUAAAGAUGAAAGAAAGAAA